CAUCAGUUAACGACUGUGGUUAACGACCUAUUGUAUUUCAUUUGAUAAAUAUGAAACGUUUUAAGUUUUUUCUUAUAAUAUGGAUUCUCUAAAUAAGGAAAAAACGAAGCAGUCCAACAGCAAAAAGGAAAAGAAAGCUAUCGUCAAUGAUUGUGGCAAAAAGAUGGUCCAGCAAAAUGGGCACAAGCCAGAAAAUAUUGAAGACAAAAAACAAGCCCAUUUUUCAAUGGCAAAACAAGACUGGUAUAAACGUAAUUUAUCUCAUAUACGACAGUUUUUUAGAAUAAACAUUGAAAUUAAUGUUGUGUCCUUAAUUUUGUUCAUUGGAGCUGUUAUAUCUAGAAUGUAUAAGCUAGAACAACCAAGAAACAUUGUAUUUGAUGAACUGCAUUAUGGAAAAUAUGUCUCUCUUUACAUGAAGAAUACAUUUUUCUUUGAUUCACAUCCCCCUUUAGGAAAACAGAUUCUAGCUUUAGCUGCUUACAUUUCUGGAUUCGAUGGUCAGUUCAAAUUUGACAAAAUCGGAAGCCCUUAUAAUGAAUCUGUUCCGUUAGUAGCUCUACGCUUUAUGCCAGCUUUAUUUGGAAGUCUGUUGGUACCGACUGUGUAUCACUUAAUGUUAGAAAUAGGCCUUACAGAAUGGACAUCAGUUCUAGCAGCAUUACUGAUUUUAUUUGACAAUGCAAUUUUAACACAAAGCAGGUUCAUUCUUAUGGAAUCAAUGCUCUUAUUCUUUUCGUUCUUUGGAAUUUUAUGCAUCUUGAAAUUUAGAAAGUACUACUCCAAACCUUAUAGCAUUCCUUCGUUUUUUUGGCUAGUUUGUGCCAGUGUAUCUCUUACUUGCUCCCUCUCAAUAAAAUAUGUAGGAAUUUAUUCAAGCAUAUUAGGUGUAGCGAUAAUUUUAAGAGAUUUUUGGAAGCUUCUUUCAAACAAAGAUAUAUCAGAUCUGUCUCUAUUUAUUAGAUUUGCUGUUCAAGCUUUAACUGGGUUGAUUGUCUCAGCAAUAGUAUAUCUUUCUAUAUUUUAUAUUCACCUGAGUGUACUCUAUAAGGCAGGACCUCAUGAUAGUAUUAUGACCAGUGCAUUUCAAGCAUCCCUAGAAGGUGGUUUGGCCAGUAUUACAAAAGGACAACCGCUUUUGGUUGCUCAUGGAUCCCAAAUAACUUUAAGGCAUACUCAUGGCCGUACAUGUUGGCUUCAUUCUCACAAUGCAGUAUAUCCAAUAAAAUAUCCUGAUAAAAGAGGUUCAAGCCAUCAACAACAAGUUACCUGUUAUUCAUUUAAAGAUGUUAAUAACUGGUGGAUUGUGAAAAAGCCAAAUAAAAAUGAUUUGGUUGUUGAACAACCAGUUGAUGCUAUUAAGCAUGGAGAUGUAAUUCAACUUGUCCAUGGUAUUACAAGUAGAGCUUUAAAUUCACACGAUGUAGCAUCUGCUAUAUCGCCUCAAUGCCAAGAAGUUAGCUGCUAUAUUGAUUAUAAUAUUUCAAUGCCUGCUCAGAAUUUGUGGAGAGUAGAAAUUUUAAAUAGAGAUCAAAUAGGUGAUAAAUGGCACACAAUUCAAUCUUUGAUAAGACUUAUCCAUGUGGAUACAAAUACAGCUUUAAAGUUUACUGGAAGACAGCUACCUGACUGGGGUUUUCAUCAGCAUGAAGUUGCGGCAGAUAGAGUUUUGAACCAGGAUGAUACAGUUUGGAACGUUGAGGAGCACAGAUAUACCAAAUCUGAAGACCAGAAAGAAAGAGAAAGGGAUCUAGUUACAGCAGAAAUGAUUCCUACGGCGGCAACAUCGCUCAGUUUUUGGGAAAAGUUUUUUGAGUUGCAUUACAAAAUGAUGUUUGCCAGUACGGAAAGUGUUCAGAAUCACAUGUACAGUUCUAAUCCGUUGGAAUGGCCUUUGAUGUCUAGAGGAAUUGCCUACUGGGUCUCAUCUUCAAGUAAUGCCCAAAUUCAUCUUUUGGGUAAUAUUGUGAUAUGGUACCUGGCAACGUUUGGUCUCUUAAUAUACUCAACCCUUCUUGUGUUCUAUUUGCUCAGAAGAAGACGCGAAAUCGACGAUUUGGGUGAAGAUAACUGGAACAAAUUCCAGUUGAUAGGUGAAGUAUUUUUCUUGGGUUACUUAUUCCACUACUUGCCCUAUUUUUUCGUGGAAAGAACUCUAUUUCUUCACCACUAUCUGCCAGCGUUUAUGUUUAAAACUCUCCUAUUCGCAGCCACAUUAGAACAUUUAUAUGUCGUUUUAAAUCAGAUUGUUAGAAUUAAACUAUUGUAUAAUUUAUUAAUUGUUAGUACGUUUAUUAUGUUGUUUGGUGUUAUAUACGUGUUUAAAAAAUUCUCUAUUUUGAGUUAUGGCAAUGCCCACUUAAAUACAAGUGAUAUUCUAGGGUUAAGGUGGAAAGAUACUUGGGAUUUUAUUGUUCAUAAGAAUUAAAUUUUUUUUCUAAAAAAAUCUUAUUUUUUUAAGUUUAAGAAACAUUUUAUUUAGUGUUCAUAAGAUCUAAUAUUUUUUUUAUGAGAAUCUCAUAUUUGUUAGACUCUAAAAAGACAUUUUAUAUUAUACUUAAAAUAUUAACGGCAAUAUAAGAAUCUUAUACUUCUAUAAGUUUCUGAUGUUUUAAACUCUCAAACUGACAUAUUUUUAUAAUUAAAUUAUUUAUUAGAUAAAUAUAACUUUAUUUUUACACAUAUUCUAAAAAGGACAUUUUUAUUAUAGAGGGUGUUUAUGAAAGAGUGCGUUCUUUUUAAAAAACAAGGAGAUUUUUCGCACUGAAUUCAUUAUACCCAGUAUUUAAAAUACUAUAAGGUAAAGAUUUUUUUGAUCACAAGUUUAUUUUUUUUUUCUUUAAUAAUAUUAUACCUUUUGUUUUUUU